CACCACCCAAACCAAGAUGGGUGAAAACCACAGUUUCAAGAACAAUCGAACCGCAUCAUUUUGUUCUUACAAUGAGUGCACUGUACCUGAAUUGGACCUACAUGCUGUAUCCGACCUACUUCGCGACAACACACCUGAGUACCCAUCUCCGCCCCCGGUGUCCGACCUACAUCACUGGAGAGAACUUGCUGCUCUCAACAGUGCCCGGCUGGGUGCCAAGCAGCAUAUCUAUCGCAGACUCAUUAAAGAUCCCGAGUAUUGGAAGAUUGAAGCACAGUACCUUUAUCACCAAACCGGACGCUUCCAACCUGUGUCUUCGAGCCUACGCAACAGCUCGACUAAAUUACGAACGGAGGCCACUUCAUCAAAUGGUUCGUGCUGGAAAAGGCUCGCUAGGAUUAAUGGAAACCACCUUCGUGCUUUAGAUACCAGGCAUCUAGAUUGGCAUCGUAGAUCGAUACCGACAGCCAAGUACUGGGAAGUCGAAGCCAAGCACCUAGACUGGGCAUUUUGGCACAUACGCAGGUCCCGAGCAGUUCACAAAGCGAUGAAACAGUCUGAGCAGGUUUACGCGAGACGUGAGGGCGGAACGAAAACUUAACCGAUCAUACUCAGCGAUGUAUUUGACUUGGGCGAAACGUGUGUGUUGGAUGUCUACGAGAUAUCAUGAGAACAAUGAGGAAAAAAUCUCUCGCUUCUGAACUUCUCGUCUGGUCUAUAAAGGACUGCAUUAUUGCACAGUUGUGCUCCCGGGUUCUGGCCUGAGGCAUGAAACGUGUGCCUUCUGUGGCAAAGGAUAAGUGAUCAAAUGGUAUUUGUUGAUUGCGCUAUUCGAG